CCAUCUGGUCACACUGGCAUCGCAGCGAAUUGUAAAAUUGUUGAGAAACAGCGGAUUUAUUUCGCUGAACUGCCAACAGGUGGAAGUGGAGGUGGAGGACUCCAUUGGUUGCGGAAUUUGCGGGAAAGGAAACCCAUAACCAUGGCGCUGGCCAUCAAGAAGCGGUUCGGCUCCUACGUGAGCACGGUGGACGCGGACGGUGCGCCGGCGGUGAAGAAGCUGCGCCUGCAAACACUGGCCGCCGAUGCGAAGGCUGCCACAGCCGGAAAAGCGGAAAAUGCAGAGCGCAAGCUGACGGCGCUGGCCCAACUGGAUGUCUAUGUGGGCAGCAUCACCAGCAGCAGUAGCUUACCCGCCGGCUUGUCGGCCCUGCCCACUGGGCCAACGGCUCAGGUCCCAAUGGGACCCACGCCCACAGCAAUAGCCAUAGCCACAGGCACAGGCACAGCCACAAACACAAACAACAAUGGGGCAGCCACCACAACAGGAACCGGAACCGCCGGCGGAAACAGCCGCGAACUGCUGGAGCUGCUGGUGAAGAUCACCGAUGAGAUAUCCUACGAGGACGUGGAACUGGCCGAGCUGAAGGAGGCGGCCAACAAGAUAUUCACGCUGUACCAGCUGCAGGAGCGCGACAGCGACACCUCCAUACGGGUGAAACUGCUGGAGCUGCUGUCCGGACUGGGCUGCGAGUGCGCCACCGAGCAGGCGGUCACCCUCAUCAUCGACUACUUCAUCUUUCUGCUGCGCAAGGAGGUCUCCCAGAAGGUGCUGGCCCAGGGCAUGAUGUGCCUGUUCCGGAUCGGGCAGCGUCGCAAGCACCUGGUGCCCAUCGCCUACAACACCCAGGUGGCCCAUUUGGCCAAGGAGCAGCUGCGCUCCGGCUCCACGCAUACGCAGAAGAACGCAAUGCUGGUGAUCGGACGAUUUGCCACCAAAAUGGAGGGCGAGCGGCACUACGUGUGGAAGCUAGCGUUCUACAUCGACUCGCAGGACUCGGGCGUGCGUGCCCAAGCGCUGCACGCCCUGCUGACCCUCGGCGAGCGGGGAUCCCAGCUGCCGGCGGUGCUCUAUCGGCGCGCCGUCGAGGCCAUGAAGGACGACUACGAGUGCGUGCGCAAGGAGGCGCUGCGGCUGGUCUUCAUGCUGGGCAACCGGCAUCCGGACCACAUAAUACCCUCCGAUCGCCAGCAGGAGGAGCUGCGCAUGAUAGACGCCGCCUUCAGCAAGGUGUGCGAGGCCCUCUGCGAUCUCUCGCUGCAGAUACGCGUGCUCGCCGCGGAGCUGCUGGGCGGCAUGACCGCCGUCAGCAGGGAGUUCCUGCACCAGACGCUGGACAAGAAGCUGAUGAGCAACCUGCGCCGCAAGCGGACGGCACACGAGCGUGGCGCCCGUUUGGUGGCCAGCGGCGAAUGGUCGUCGGGCAAGCGGUGGGCGGACGAUGCGCCGCAGGAGCAUUUGGACGCCCGGAGCAUCUCGAUCAUAGCUAGCGGAGCCUGCGGCGCCCUCAUCCAUGGGCUGGAGGACGAAUUCCUGGAGGUGCGCACAGCGGCCGUGGCCUCCAUGUGCAAGCUGGCACUCUCGCGGCCGGACUUUGCGGUGACCAGCCUGGACUUCCUCGUCGACAUGUUCAACGACGAGAUCGAGGACGUGCGACUGAAGGCCAUCUACAGCCUGACGGCCAUCGCCAGGCACAUUGUGCUGCGCGAGGACCAGCUGGAGAUCAUGCUCGGCUCGCUGGAGGACUACUCGGUGGACGUGCGCGAGGGACUGCAUCUCAUGCUGGGCGCCUGCCGCGUCUCGACGCAAACGUGCCUGCUGAUGGUGGUGCAGAAGCUGCUGGAUGUGCUGGCCAAGUACCCGCAGGAUCGGCACUCCACGUACGCCUGCAUGCGCAAGAUUGGCCAGAAGCAUCCGCAUCUGGUGAUGGCCGUGGCCGUGCACCUGCUCUUCGUGCAUCCCUUCUUCGAGACGCCCGAGCGGGAUGUCGAGGAUCCGGCCUACCUGUGCGUCCUCAUACUCGUCUUCAAUGCCGCCGAGCAUCUGGUGCCCAUCAUCAGCCUGCUGCCCACGGCCACCCAUCGCCACUACGCCUAUCUGCGGGACUCGAUGCCCCACCUAGUGCCCCAGCUGCCCAUCGAGGGCGCCUCCUCGGCCAGUGCCACCCACAGGAUCGACUCGGCCAUGCGCCAGGCGGGCAGCUCGGCGGAGUACCUCCAGAUGAUUCUCAGCCACAUCGAGGAGAUCUUCACCAUGGCCGACGAGCGCGUGGAACUGCUGCAGACUGCUCAGUCCAAUCUGCAGCGAUUGGGAGCCAUCGAUGCGGGCAUGUACGGCACCUCGAACUUUCUGGAGACCUUCCUGGCGGCCCAAAUCCAGAUCGAGCAGAUGCAGCGCUGCGCCAGCACGCAAAGGAGCCGCAUUCCGUUGAAGGAAUCCCUGGCGGCACUCAUCCGCAACUGCCUGAAGCUGCAGCACACGUUCUCCGGUCUCAACUACGGCGACAUCCUGCAGGUGAAGCAGCUGCGAUUGCGUGCCUGCGCCCUGCACUUGGUCCUGGUGGUCAGGGAUCGCUCGCAAAGCGCCCUGGGUCCCUGCCAGAUGCUCCUGCAAACCGCCGGCGAUAUCAGCGAGUUCAUACGGGCGAACACCAGGGAGGAGGAGGAGAAGACGCCGGCGGGAGCUUUGCCAUUGCUGGAGCCCGAGAAGGUGAAGAAGGAGCCAGCCGGUGGCAACGAUGCCCAGCCGGAUAGCUUCACGCGCCAGCUGCUGAGCAAACUGGAUGGCAUAUCGGAUCCCAAGCCGGGUCGCGUCUUCCGCGAGAUUCUGCCCUUGGUACAACAGGCUCCGCCGCUGGCACUGCCGCCGGCCAAUGACAAAAUCCGACGCUGUGUGGCCAACAUCCUGGAGCCAUGCCCGCUGCAGUCGCAGGACAAUGUGAUCAAGGUCACGGCGGGCCUGAUAGCGGCCGUUCCCUUUGUGGCCGAGAUCGACAAUCUGCUGGAGUCGCAAAUGGCGGACAUGAGGAUCAAGAUCAAGUAUCCGGACCAGCACAUGCACACGGUGGUCCCGAAGCGCAGCGACUUCAAGCCCAUCAUGACGGAGCAGGGGGAGCACGAGACGAACGUGCGCCUGCGCACCACCAUCCUGCUGUCGCACAGCGUUUGGACGGAGUCGUCGCUGGUGGAGAUCCAACUGUGCCUGGCCGUUCGUCCCGGCAGCGAACUGGAGCUCUGCAAGCCGGCCAAGGUACUCUUCGCACCGAAACCAGUCAGGCGGGGAAUUUAGCCUGACUCGCGUCAGGAUGGACUAGCUGGAGUAUGCGCUGUGGAUGCGGACCUCAAGGCGACACUGCCCCGGAAUCUGGAGUCGGAGCAGGUCGAUGCAUGUGCGAGUGGACGGCGCCGGCGGCGGAGGAGCGGAGUGAAAAGCUGACAAGGCCACACAGCCGCUGGAGGAGCAGACGAACUGGGGGGAUUAGCAAUUGUUGGCUAAAUUUCAGGUCUAAGAUAUUCGUUGGAUAGAUUGUGUAAGGCAUCAGCUGUGUAACAUGUACUUUUCCAGUUCAAAUAACAAACUAUUUACGAGAAAUAACGUUUUGUAAAAUAAUAAAUCCAAAUAUUACUUCAAUUAUAAA